AUGCCACAGACCACCAGCACCUCGACCACCAGCGUGCCCACCCCUACCCUGACCCCACUCAGCACCCCGAGCAGCAGCAUCACCGCCAGCUCGAUCACCAGUGCCACCAAUGUCGAAUGCUGUCUUCUGAAUGAUACGUACUAUGCCCCAGGCGAGGUGGUGUACAACGGCACGUAUGGAGACACCUGCUACUUCGUGAACUACUCGCUGGACUGCUCCUUGCAGUUCUUCAACUGGUCCUGCCCAUCUACCUCCUCCCCAACGCCCAGCACACCCACGCCAACGCCCACGCUGUCCACAAUGUCAAGCAUGCCAACCACCACCAGCAUCAGCACCACCACCAGGGGGUGCCCCGACUUUGAUCCUCCCAGAGAGGAGAACGAGACGUGGUGGCUCUGCAACUGCACCAUGGCCACUUGCAAGCACGACAACACGGUGGAGAUCGUGCAGGUGGAGUGCAAGCCCCCGCCCAUGCCCACCUGCUCCAACAACCUCACGCCUGUGCGCGUCCCGGACCCCGACGGCUGCUGCUGGCACUGGGAGUGCGACUGCUACUGCACGGGCUGGGGGGACCCGCACUACACCACCUUCGACGGGCUCUACUACAGCUACCAGGGCAACUGCACGUACGUGCUGGUGGAGGAGGUCAACCCCACCGUGGACAACUUCGGGGUCUACAUCGACAACUACCACUGCGAUGUCACCGACCGAGUGUCCUGCCCCCGCACACUCAUCGUGCACCACGAGAGCCAGGAGGUGCAGCUCAGGACGGUGCAGAUGCUGCCCCUGAAGGUGCAGGUUCAGGUCAACGAGCAGUCCGUGGCGCUGCCCUACAAGAAGUACGGGCUGCAGGUGUAUGAGUCCGGCUUCAAGUACGUGGUGGACAUCCCCGAGCUGGGCGCCCUCAUCUCCUACGACGGCCUCUCCUUCUCCAUCAGGCUGCCCUACCGCCUGUUUGGCAACAACACCAAGGGCCAGUGUG